AUAUUAUUAUCCUAUAUCGUAUUAUCGUAAUACGAGGGCACGUGAAAUUCCUAUUUACUACUUUGCCAGUGGCCACAUUGUAGAUUUGUAGCAGUAGCGACUACGCCGACUAGUUAAUAGCGAUGUAAAAUUUAACAAUUUUUAUGAUUUAUUUACAUACAAGAAGAUACAUUUUGCGGAAUUUGAAACAUGACGAGAUUUGCCAGGGCUCGUGGGUCUAAAUCAUCUAAUCAAAAAAUACCGGAAGAAGCAACACCAUGGUUGGAAAUGAAAGAAAAGCCACAACAAACUGAAGACGACGACUCAAUGACAACCGCGGUGGAGGUAUCGGAAGACAAUCGCAGUAGCAAGUACAACUCGUAUUCGAACGUGGACAAAUUUGAUGGGUUUAGCGUGUUAAAAGAGGACGCAGUGAAACUGCGAGUAGAGAAAUUCAAGUUAAUAAAACAGGGUGUGCCCAGACAUCAGCUGAAGGCUCAACUGAUGCCGAUGCGUCGACGCGCUGAAAAGAAACUCUCCAGGCUCAGACAAAAAGCAUGUUUUCAUUGCAGGCAACCUGGUCAUAUGCUGAAUCAAUGCCCAGAGUUAGGUACCAACACUGCACUUGGAGUGUGCUUCAAGUGUGGAUCAACAGAACACAAAUUAAGUGAAUGUCGUAAUGCAGGAAACAAUAGUGAACUCGAAUUUGCCAAAUGUUUUAUUUGCAAAGAAGAAGGACAUCUAUCACGCCAAUGUCCUGAUAACCCUAUGGGGUUAUAUCCAAAUGGAGGAGCUUGCCGAUCUUGUGGAGAUGUUACUCAUUUUGCCAAAGAUUGUCCAGAAAAACAAAAGAGAAAAAGAGAAGAAGAUUUACCUACAGUUGGAAUAAUGGAUAAUCGAGCAAUUGAAGAUUUAGAUGAUGAAAGAACAAGUUCCAAAAAAAACAAACAAUGGAAUUUAAAACCAUAUAAAAAAAAAAAAUUAGUCAUAAUGAAAUAAACAUAUUUAAACAUCAUUCUAUUAAUAAACAUUUAAAAAAAAAAUUGAA